UUUUGUGAGUAAGCAAGUGAUGCAACCUCAGAAAUCUGGUUCUCAUGGUUCAGCUCAUAAAUAGCUUCAACUCUCUCCUCUUCAUUUUACCCUCACGAUAGAGUGAGAUGGGAGGAAAGCCGUACUAGCGCAUCUUCUCUCUCCAAGGCAGGGUCUCAAAAAAUGUAGCUUCAAAUGGUUUUGAUUAUAAAUCUAACCAUCGAGUUGACAAGGGAUGCGAUUCAAAUAUUGUUUCUUUGGCUGCAUCUUCUUGAAGGUGGCUUGAUGAAAAUCAAAUCGGAAGAAAGAAUUCAGUAAUUGAUGACUGUGAUGCAAAAUAGUCUAUAUAUGUUCUUGGAUGCAAAGAUUCAGUUUUGCAGAUCCAAGGUUUACGGCCCUAGCAUGCUCCCAACGCUAAAUCUAACGGGCGACGUCUUAUUAGUGGAGCACGUGUCUCACCGCUUCCAGAAGGUGGGUCCAGGAGAUGUGGUACUGGUUCGGUCACCUUUAGAUCCUACAAAGAUGGUCACUAAACGCAUUGUUGGUAUGGAGGGUGAUCAAAUCAAUUUCUUGCCCGAUCCCUCCAUAACUGACAUCUGUCGCACCAUCAUGGUACCGAAGGGGCACAUUUGGAUUCAGGGCGAUAACAUGUAUGCUUCCUGUGAUUCACGGCAUUAUGGGCCUGUUCCAUAUGGUCUUGUUCAAGGCAAGCUCUUUUUCAGGGUAUGGCCACCUUCUAGCUUUGGAUCUUUCGGUCAGUGACCAAAAUGAAGAAUAUAAGUUGGAGGAAUUCCGUGAAGCAGAGGAUCCCAAUUUUGCAUAACUUGUACAUGACAAAUCUUUUGCUGUUAAACAUCAUGACAGUUUUCCAACUGUCAUUUCGCCGGGGAUACAGUGGCCAGAAGCAACAAAUGGAUCAAACUCCAGGCAUCCUCUUAUGUACAUUUUUUUGUGAGAGACGAAGUUGACCUGCUUGUGGAUUGUUACAGUUAGUAGUUGAUUAAUUAUCGCCCAUACACUGUUUUUCAAUUUAAAACUGCAACAUACAGUUGACCUGCCUGUGAAUUUAUAUUUAUUUAGAAAAAAACUUGGGUACAAGUCUUUGGAA